GCGGGGUGGGCAAGGUGCUGCCGCUGCCUAUCGCCUAGCGGGCAGUUGUUUGGGCGGGUCGCCCGUGGCCUGGACAGCCGGCAGCCAUGGUUAGCAGCAAGCACGAGAAGAGUUCCACCUUCCUUGUGUCGGGGGACAAAGCCCAGGUCUCCCAGAAUGAGAUUCGGGAGGCGCUGGAGUCUAGCGAUGAGGAUGCCAAGGUGGACGCAAUGCAGAAGGCAAUUGCCGCCAUCUUGGCGGGCGAGCAGUUCCCCGCCCUCUUCAUCACCAUUGUGCGCUACGUGCUGCCCAGCGAGAACCACCUGGUGCAAAAGCUGCUGCUCCUGUACCUGGAGACGAUUGAGAAGACGGAUGCGCAGGGCAAGCUGCUGCCGGAGAUGAUUCUGAUCUGUCAGAACCUGCGCAACAACCUGCAGCACCCCAACGAGUACAUCCGGGGCGUCACGCUGCGCUUCCUGUGCCGCAUCCACGAGGAGGAGCUGCUGGAGCCGCUGGUCCCCUCGGUGAUUGCCAACCUGGACCAUCGCCACUCGUAUGUGCGCAAGAAUGCGGUGCUGGCGCUGACGGCCAUCUACAAGCUGCCCAAGGGCGAGCUGCUGGUGCCCGAUGCGCCGGAGCUGGUGGAGCGCAUGCUGCAGAACGAGCAGGACCUGAGCACGCGGCGCAACGCCUUCCACAUGCUGGCAGAGCAUGCCACCGACAAGGCUGUGACCUACAUGUUCCAGCAGAUAGACCGCGUGGCCGACUGGGGCGACAUCCUGCAGAUUGCGGUGCUCGACCUGAUCCGCAAGGUGUGCCGCACCAACCCGGAGCAGAAGGGCAAGUACAUCAAGAUCAUCCUGGCCCUGCUGCAGUCGCGGUCCACCGCCGUGAUGUACGAGUGCGCCGUCACGCUGGUGUCGCUGUCGUCGGCGCCCACCGCCGUGCGCGCUGCCGCCAACUGCUUCUGCCAGCUGCUGGUCAGCCACAGCGACAACAACGUCAAGCUCAUCGUGCUGGACAGGCUGCAGGAGCUGAAGGACCGGCACCACGACGUGAUGCGCGAGCUGCUGAUGGACGUGCUGCGCGCGCUGUCCGCCCCCAACCUGGACAUCCGCAAGAAGACGCUGGACAUCGCGCUGGACCUGAUCGACGCGCGCAACAUCGACGAGGUGGUGGGCGUGCUGAAGAAGGAGGCCAUGAAGACGCAGAACCGGGAGCUGGAGAAGGGGGCCGAGUACCGGCAGCUGCUGGUGCAGGCCAUCCACACGUGCGCGGUGCGCUUCCCAGACGUGGCCGCCUCGGUGCUGCACCUGCUCUGCGACUUUUUGUCCGACACCAACACCGCAUCCGCGCUGGACGUCAUCUUCUUCAUACGCGAAAUCAUCGAGACCAACCCGCGCCUGCACGACACCAUCAUCGAGCGCCUGAUGGACACCUUCCCCGCCGUGCGCGCCUCCCGCGUCUGCUCCUGCGCCCUGUGGAUCAUCUCCGAGUACUGCACCCGCAGCGCGGAGGAGAUUGCCACGGCGGUGGACAUGAUCAAGGGCUGCCUGGGGCCGCUGCCGCUGUUCAAGGAGCGGGGCGGGGAGGAGGAGGAGGAGGCAGAGGCGGCCAGCCUGCCCAUACCCAUCCAGAUGGCGGCGGCGCGCCCCGCCGUGCUGGCAGACGGCAGCUACGCCACGCAGACGGCGCUGCCCGGGGAGGGCGCCCAGGUGGCGGGGGCGCUGCUGCUGGGCGGCGACUUCUUCCUGGGCGCCGUCAUUGCCGCCACGCUCACCAAGCUGGUGCUGCGCCUGCGCGACCUGCGCGACCUGCCUCCCGCCUCACUCCACCGCGCCACCGCCGACGCCAUGGCCUGUAUUGCCGCCAUCCUGCGGCUGGGGGAGUCUGGGGCUGCCGCCGCCGCGGGCAUGCACCCUCUGGACGCAGACUCGCGGGACCGCAUCGCCGCCUGCCUGCGCGCGCUGGCGGGGGCGGACGCGGGCCUGGCGCGCGUCUGGCUGCACGACUGCCGCGCCUCCUUUGCCACCCUCAUCGCCGACAAGCAGCAGCGCGAGGCGGCAGAGGCCAAGCAGGAGAAGGCCAAGAGCUUGUGCCAGCCCGACGAGCUCAUCGACUUCCACCACCUCAAGAUGCGCAAGGGCCUGAGCAAGGUGGAGCUGGAGGACAGCGUGGCGUCCGACCUGGCGCGCGCCACCGGCCUGGCCGACGCCGCCUCCGCCGCCACCAACCGCCUCAACAAGAUUGUGCAGCUGACGGGGUUCAGCGACCCCAUCUACGCAGAGGCUUACGUCACGGUGCACCAGUACGACAUUGUGCUGGAUGUGAAUGUGAUCAACCGCACCGGCGACACGAUGCAGAAUGUGAGCCUGGAGCUGGCCACCAUGGGAGACCUGAAGCUGGUGGAGCGCCCGCAGGCACACACGCUGGCGCCCGGCGCGGCCAAGUCCAUCCGCGCCAACAUCAAGGUCUCCUCCACCGAGACGGGCGCCAUCUUUGGCAACCUGGUGUACGAGUCCACGGGGUAUGCAGACCGCAGCGUGGUGGUUCUCAACGACAUCCACAUCGACAUCAUGGACUACAUCGUGCCCGCCACCUGCCCAGACGUGCAGUUCCGCUCCAUGUGGGCGGAGUUUGAGUGGGAGAACAAGGUGGCCAUCAACACAUCCAUCGACCAGCCCACAGACUUCCUGCAGCACAUCAUCGCAUCCACAAACAUGCGCUGCCUGACGCCGCCCUCGGCGCUGGAUGGCGACUGCGGCUUCCUGGCGGCCAACCUGUAUGCGCGCAGCGUGUUUGGGGAGGACGCGCUGGUCAACGUGAGCGUGGAGAAGCUGCCGGAUGGGCGGCUGGGCGGCUACAUCCGCAUCAGGUCCAAGACGCAGGGCAUUGCCCUCAGCCUAGGCGACAAGCUGAUCCUGAAGCAGAAGGGCUGAUCCUGGGGCGGUGCGCGCUGCGUCGUCCUUUUGCUGGUAUGGCAGGUCAGCUGUUCCCCCUUGUCGACCUGAACUGGCGCCAUGUGCGCGCUGUAAGAGUGCCAACUCUCUGCGCCAGGAUGGUUCCUUAAAAUCAAAUAAC